AUCUCACACCCCCAUCAUCUUCUCAUAUCCAGCCACCCAUCGCAUCGUCAUUUGUGGCCUCGUUUUACUAUCGAUCGUCAACACCUGACUGUGAACAGCCAUGUCUUCACGAUCAGGCACCACCCUCUAUGUGACUGGCUUUGGUCACGGCACUCGUGCCCGUGACCUCGCCUAUGAAUUUGAGCACUAUGGUCGACUGGUCAGAUGCGAUAUCCCAGCUCCCCGAACCGCCUCCAGCCGACUCUUCGCCUUCGUUGAGUACGAGAGUCGUCGCGAUGCCGAUGAUGCUUACCACGAGAUGCAUAACAAGCGCAUCGGUAGAGACGAUGUGCUAAAGAUCGAGUGGGCUAGGACUCCUCCCUCCGCUACCUGGCGAUACGAAGCUGGACGAGGCGGUCGUGAGCGACGUGAUCGAAGUCCUCCCCGUCGCAGCUACCGCUCGCCUUCACCUCGUCGUCGAGACUAUUCACCUCGCAAGGACGAUCGUCGAGACCGCGACCGUGAUCGUGAGCGAGACCGCGAUCGAGACUACGAUGACCGUCGCCGCUCCCGCAGUCCGGCCGAUAGAGAUCGCGACCGCGACAUGAAAGAUGACAGAGAUCGACGUGAUGAAGAUCGUGAUGGAGCGACCGCAGAGGACCGCAAAGCCGUGGACUCUCCUCCUCCCGCACAUGACGAACUCGAUACCGCCGAGUAAACAUGGCAUUGUCCUUCGACUGAUUGUGUUUCGUUCGAUAAAACUUGGUUUUCGGAAAAAGUGCUAUUGCUUGUGGAAAAGACAUGAGGUUCUUUCUUUUUCUACCAUUGACAGCUUUGCCUUGAUCAUUUGAUAGCAGAGCCAACCUGAAUGAUGUCAGGCAGAUAUCAACAGUGGCUGAAAUUGACUUGACUUGAGGUUAGACCGACUUCGAGCGAACGAUACGAGAUCGAUCUUGUUCGAACGAACGGGUACCGGGCACUGCCAAUACUUCGAUAGCAUAUCCUGCUCGAUCGAGAGAUAUCGACCUCGAGGCGCAAUAUCGGACGAUAUUUUAACACGCAUUCGUCGCCGCUCUUCCUGCUUCCUUCCUCCCUUCCUCGGUCCACCGUCAACAUCAAUCCCAAUCAUCUUCGCCAUUGUCGUCCCACGUCGUCGUUUCGCGUUCCGCCGUCCCUUCCACGUCGUAACCUCGCAAUCAACAUUCCAUCCUUCGAUAUCUUAACUCGCAGUCUCACCAACGACAUCUUCCACCGAAUUUUGGCUCCAUGCCCGAUAGUAUUCGUGUCGAGAACUAACCAUCGGCAGAACCGGCCUGUUUUUCCUAUGCAGCUAUGAUUCGUCUAUGCUGCUUACGUCUCAUCCGUUUUCAUCCGCUGAUAUUCCUUCUCGUCUUCCAUUUUGUCUGUGAACUCAUUGUAGGGCAAGAGCUUCUAGCCCUAGUCAUGGUAUCUGGACGCGGUCCAGAAUUCAUUAGGGCUAGGGCACUUCGGUAGGUACGAUGUUAUUCUGACUGGUUCAUAAAUGUAAAAAUGAUUGGCCCCAAAGGGAAAAGGAGAAAAUCUUGUUGGCCAAGUCGACUUCAAUAUUGAUCUUGGUUUUGUGGAAUAUACUCUAUGUCUGCAUGUUUGUUUACAAUACAUAUAUGGACAGCGAAGUUGCUCUCCUCCACCGUCGCAGUCAUCGUUUUCUUUACAGAGUAGAUACAGCGAUGUUUUAGUACAUAUCUCGUGCCUGUUCGAGAGUCAGGGACUUCGAUGUUUUCUCGGCUUCCUAGCUUCCCCCACACAGGUGAAGGCAAGAACGAGGGUUGCCGAGGGAUUGUACCAACUCAUUUUUAUAUAAUGUCGAUCAAAUUGUGGCGAGUCAUGUAAGGAAUCACAAGCACUGGGGAACAAUAGAAUUUGAUAAAAUCUG